AUGACCUCCUUGAUCAUUUCUCUUAGAUUCUCUCCAUUUACUCUGCUGGUUUCUUUUCAUUCUUGCUCUUCAAUCCACAGGUCUCUCCUUCUGUUUCCUGCUCUUCAAUCUGCAGGUCUCUCCUUCUGUAUCCUGCUCUUCAAUCUGCAGGUCUCUCCUUCUGUUUUCUGCUCUUCAAUCUGCAGGUCUCUCCUUCUGUUUUCUGCUCUUCAAUCUGCAGGUCUCUCCUUCUGUUUUCUGCUCUUCAAUCUGCAGGUCUCUCCUUCUGUUUUUCGCUCUUCAAUCAGCAGGUCUCUCCUUCUGUUUUCCGCUCUUCAAUCAGCAGGUCUCUCCUUCUGUUUUCUGCUCUACAAUCUGCAGGUCUCUCCUUCUGUUUUCUGCUCUACAAUCUGCAGGUCUCUCCUUCUGUUUUCUGCUCUACAAUCUGCAGGUCUCUCCUUCUGUUUUCUGCUCGCCAAUCUGCAGGUCUCUCCUUCUGUUGUCUGCUCUACAAUCUGCAGGUCUCUCCUUCUGUUUUCUGCUCGCCAAUCUGCAGGUCUCUCCUUCUGUUUUCUGCUCGCCAAUCUGCAGGUCUCUCCUUCUGUUUUCUGCUCGCCAAUCUGCAGGUCUCUCCUUCUGUUUUCUGCUCUUCAAUCUGCAGGUCUCUCCUUCUGUUUUCUGCUCUUCAAUCUGCAGGUCUCUCCUUCUGUUUUCUGCUCUUCAAUCUGCAGGUCUCUCCUUUUUUCUGAUCUUCAAUCAGCAGGUCUCUCCUUCUGUUUUCUGCUCUUCAAUCUGCAGGUCUCUCCUUCUGUUUCCCGCUCUUCAAUCUGCAGAUCUCUCCUUCUGUUUCCUGCUCUUCAAUCUGCAGGUCUCUCCUUCUGUUUCCUGCUCUUCAAUCUGCAGGUCUCUCCUUCUGUUUCCUGCUCUUCAAUCUGCAGGUCUCUCCUUCUGUUUUCUGCUCUCUGCAGGUUCUCCUUCUGUUUUCUGCUUUCACAAUCUGCAGGUCUCUCCUUCUGUUUUCUGCUCUACAAUCUGCAGGUCUCUCCUUCUGUUUUCUGCUCUACAAUCUGCAGGUCUCUCCUUCUGUUUUCUGCUCUUCAAUCUGCAGGUCUCUCCUUCUGUUUCUGCUUCUGUUCUGCAGGUCUCUCCUUCUGUUUCCCGCUGCGUGUCUCUCCUUCUGUUUCCCGCUCUCCAAUCUGCAGGUCUCUCCUUCUGUUUCCCGCUCUCCAAUCUGCAGGUCUCUCCUUCUGUUUCCCGCUCUUCAAUCUGCAGGUCUCUCCUUCUGUAUCCUGCUCUCUAAUCCGCAGGUUUCUUCAUCUGUUUCUUUCUCUUCAAUUUGCAGGUCUCUCCUUCAUCCUUUCACAUCAACUUUUCUGA